UGAAUGUAUGUUUUUUUCUCACCACACGUCAGCAAGUGUUAAAUAGGAAAAAUACAUCUGUAUUUUGAUGCGAUCUAGCUAGCGUGGAGGUAAGGAAAGGGUAUGAAGGGAGUAUUGUAAGUAGGCGCCAUAGGUCACCAUCAUGGCGGACCAAGGAGAUGAUGGAGGUCCUCCAAAGAAGAAAUUCGACAUGGAAAGCUGGCCGGAGGCUUAUACAUAUAAUCCUGGAGGGGACAACAGUCACCUUAACCCCACUAUGAAGGCGAUCUUGGCAACCUACUACUACACCGUGGACAAGCCAGUAACCGCUAUCCAUGAUUGGAUCAAGUCUCAGAAGAGAGUCUCCUACCCUUACUACCAUCGCAAGUUCCGCCGGGUUCCCGGGAUCGAGGAAUGUGACGUCCAGGACCAGGUCUGCAUAUACGAGGCUAACGAACAGUUCCAGAGGGACCAUCUUGUUGAUCAGGAGAUCCUGCGUUUGUCCCGACAAGACUGGACGCGGUGCUGCUUCCAGGAAGGAGACAGCCACUUUGUGAACUGCAGGGACUUCAAACAACGCUUUGAUGCAGCUCAGAAUGCCUACGAUACAAAGUAUGGAGACCUAGGCGUGUACGGGAAUGCCAUGAAAGCAUUCAUGAAGCAGAAACAUCGUAUGAUAGAGGAACGAAGAGAAGCUGAAAAACAAGAGGCAUAAUAAAACCUGCAUCAAAGCUUGCUCUCACUUGUGCAUAGGAUUAAAAUCCGUCUUUUUCUUCAUUUACUGACACAGAUAUAAACCAGACAACUUGAGGCAUAAACGUUUGAGAUUUUUGUGUUUGACAAGUCCAGUUUUCAUUAGAAUGGAAAUCAGGAUUGUUGACUUCUGGAAGUACUUUUAGUGGACUAAUUUUGAGGUGGUUGGUAGUUGCUGUGUAUCAGUAUACCCCUGUAUCCUCAUCACUUUGCUCAAAAUGUGCUGAAGUUGUCAAAUAAAACAUGACCUGAAA